AUGAGAGAGCGGGACCUGGUGCGCACCUUCGGGAUCCCGGAGCGGGCGCUGCUGGGCUACGCGCGGGCGCUGGAGCAGCACUACCACCCCGACGUGGCCUACCACAACAGCCUGCACGCCGCCGACGUGCUGCAGUCCACGCACGUCCUGCUGGCCACCCCCGCCCUCGACGACGUGUUCACCGACCUGGAGGUCUUGGCCGCCCUCUUCGCCGCCGCCAUCCACGACGUCGACCACCCCGGGGUGUCCAACCAGUUCCUCAUCAACACCAACUCGGAGCUGGCGCUGCUCUACAACGACGAGUCGGUGCUGGAGAACCAUCACCUGGCCGUGGGCUUCAAGCUGCUGCAGGAGCGCGACUGCGACAUCUUCCAGAACCUGUCCCGGCGGCAGCGCCAGGCCCUGCGCCAGAUGGUCAUCGACAUGGUCCUGGCCACGGACAUGUCCAAGCACAUGAGCCUCCUGGCUGACCUCAAGACCAUGGUGGAGACCAAGAAGGUGACGAGCUCGGGGGUCCUGCUGCUGGACAACUACACCGACCGCAUCCAGGUGCUGCGGAACAUGGUGCACUGCGCCGACCUGAGCAACCCCACGAAGCCGCUGGGGCUGUACCGGCAGUGGACGGAGCGGAUCAUGGAGGAGUUCUUCCGCCAGGGCGACCGGGAGCGGGAGCGCGGCAUGGAGAUCAGCCCCAUGUGCGACAAGCACAGCGCCUCGGUGGAGAAAUCACAGGUUGGCUUCAUCGAUUUCGUGGUGCAGCCGCUCUGGGAGGCCUGGGCCGAGCUGGUGCACCCGGACGCGCGGGAGAUGCUGCGGGCGCUGCACGAGAACCGCGAGUGGUUCCGGCUGCGGGCGCCGCAGAGCCCCGAGCCGGGCCCGGAACCGGCACCGGGAACCGCCCCGGCACCGGGGACAGCACCGGGAACCGCCCCGGGAACCGCCCCGGCACCGGGGACAGCACCGGGAACCGCCCCGGGAACCUCCCAGUUCUGCUUCGAGCCCCUCCCGGGAACCGCUCCAGGACCGGCACCGGCACCGGGAACGGCCCCGGGAACCCCCCUGGGACCGGCACCGGGAACCGCCCCGGGAGCCGCCCGGUUCUGCUUUGAGCCCCUCCCGGGAACCGCCCCAGGAACCGGCCCGGGAACCGCCCCGGCACCGGGGACAGCACCGGGAACCGGCCCAGGAACCGCCCGGUUCAGCUUCGAGCCCCGCCCGGAAACCGCCCUGGCACCGGCACCGGGACCGGCACCGGGAACCGCCCCGGGAACCGCCCCGGGAACUCCCCGGUUCAGCUUCGAGCCCGCCCCGGAGCCCGCCCCGGGAACCGGCCCGGGAUCGCCCCGGUUCCACUUCGAGCCCCUCCCGGGAACCCCCCCGGGAACCCCCCCGGGACCGCCCCGGUUCCGCCUGGAGCCCCCCCCGGGGCAGCGGGGGGAGGGGCCGAGCUCGGAUCGCUCUCCCUGACUUUGGGGUUUUUUUAUUUCUUUUUAUCUCGAUUUGGAUCCUUUUCCUUGGUUCUUAUGAAUUUUUUAUUGGGAUUCUUUUUAUUCAUUUUUAUUUUUAAUUUGGAUUGUUUUUAUUGAUUAUUAUUUUAAAAUUUUAAUUCGGAUUCUUUUUAUGUGGAUUACUUUAUUGUUAUUUUUCAUUUGGAUUUUUAUUGGGAUUCCUUUUAUUUAUUUAUUAUUAUUUCUUAUUUUAAGUGGGAUUAUUUUUAUUUAUUCUCAUUUCAAAUUGGAUUUUUAAAAUUGGGAUUCUUUUUAUUUAGUAUUAAUUAUUGGGAUUUUAAAAUUAUUUUGAUUUUUUUUAGUUUUAUUUGGGUCAUUUUUAUUGGGAUUAUUUUUUAUUUUUCUUUUUUAGUUUUAUUUGGGAUUCUUUUUAUUGACAUCAUUUUUCUUGAGAUUUUUUCCCACUUGGAUCACUUUUAUUGGAAUUUUUUCCCGUUGGGGUUAUUUUUAUUUUUAUUUUUAUUUUUUUUUUAAUUUCGAUUAUUUUUUAAUGAGAUUUAUUCUUACUGGAUUUUUUAAUUGGAAUUUUUUAAUUGAAAUUGAAUUGCUCUCAUCAGAAUGAUUUUAUUGCUAUUAUUUCUUUUUAAUUUUUUAAAUUGUUCUCACUGGAAAUCUUUAUUGGAAUUAUUUUAAUUGGAAUUAUUUUCAUCAGCUUUAUUUUUGCAGAAUUAUUCUUUUUUCUGACAUUCUUUUUUGAGAAUUGCCUGCAUUGGGCUCGAAUUAUUGGGAUUAUUUUUAUUGGAAUUCUUUUAUUGGGAUUUUUUUAUUGGGAUGGUUUUACCGGGAUAAUUCCAAUGGAAAUUUUUUUCAUUAGAAUUAUUUUGAUUUAUUUUUUUAUCGGAAUUGUUUUAAUGGGAUUAUUUGAUCAGAAUCAUUUCUACUGGGAAUGAUUUUAUCAGAAUUAUCAGAAUUAUUUUAUCAGAAUGAUUUUAUCCGAAUUAUUUUAUCAGAAUUAUUUUUAUCUGAAUCAUUAUUUUAUCGAGAUUCUUUUUAUCGGGAUUAUUUUUAUUGUGAUUAUUUUUUCAGGAUUAUUUUAUCAGCAUUAUUUUUAUCUGAAUCAUUAUUUUAUUGGAAUUAUUUUAUCUGGAUUAUUUUUAUUAUUUUAUCUGGAUUAUUUUUAUUAGGAUUAUUUUAUUGGAAUAUUUGUAUCAGGAUUAUUUUUUUAUUAUUAUUUUAUUAGGAUUAUUUUAUCCUGAUUAUUUUACCAGGAUUAUUUUAUUAGGAUUAUUUUUUAUAAUUAUUUUAUCAGGAUGGUUUUAUCCGGAUUAUUUUAUCGGGAUUAUUUUAUUAUUAUUUUAUUUGGAGUAUUUUAUCAGGAUUAUUUUAUUUGGAUUAUUUUAUUCAGAUUCUUUUAUUAGGAUUAUUUUAUUCGGAUUAUUUUAUUAUUAUUCUUUUAUUCGGAUUAUUUUAUUCAGAUUAUUUUAUUUGGAUUAUUUUAUUAUUAUUAUUAUUUUAUUCAGAUUAUCUUAUUCAGAUUAUUUUAUUCGGAUUAUUUUAUUAUUAUUAUUUUAUUUGGAGUAUUUUAUUCGGUUCAUUUUGAUUGAAUUAAUUUCAGGGUUUAUUUUGGGGGGGGGUCCGAGGAGGGGAAUUUUUAUUCUAUUUUUUAAAAAACGCGAAAAGACAAAAAAAGGCAGAAAAUUCCCCCCCCCCCCCCCCCAAGAGCAGCAGGGAAGGAAAGGAGGGGGGGGGGUCCCCAAAAGCCAUGGCUGGGGGGGGGGCGGGACCCCCAAAAUCUGCCCCGUUUGCACAGGGACCCCCAAAUUUGGGGGGGGGUCCCCCCGCCCCCCCCGAGCUGCAGCAAUACCGGGGUGCCCCCCCCCAUUUUGGGGGGUUUGGGGGGGGGUCUGACCCCAAAAUUCUGAUUUUUUUUUUGGGGGGGGGGUCCCCAUUUCUGGCCCUGCUGUAGCAUUUUUUGGGGGGGGGUCACCCUGCGCGGGGGGGGGGGAGGGGUCGUGCAGAGCUUUUAUUUUUGUACCGGCGGCGGCGCUGAAAAUCCCGGGAAUUGUGGGGAGGGGGGACCCCCGAAACCCCCCCCCAAAAAAAAAAAAAAACCAAAAAAAACCCAAAAAAACUCGCGGGGGGGGCGGGGGUGACCCCCCCCAACCCCCCCCCCCCAUUGUCACCCCCUUCUCCCGCCAGCGGCUCCAAUAAAGAGGAGAAGGGACAGA